UGGGUGACAAAAAGCUGACGUGAAAAAGCUGGCAAGCUUCUGAACACCACAGGCGACCUAAAAUAUAUUCAACAACCUAUACUUUAAAAAAUGGCACAAAAACCGCUUUUACUUUUCCAGAUUCUCUCCGAUUUCAUUUCCAUUUCAAUUCCGCAAAAUCACUGAUAAUCGUCGUCAACAACUACAACGACAGCAAAACGACACUGUUUUCGUAAAGUAGAAGAGCAUUUUUUUUCCGAUCAUCGUUGCUCCGCCAUGUCGUUUUCAUUCUUUAAGCCGUCGAGGCCUAAAACGCCGUUAGAGGUGGUGAAAGCAUUGAAGGAGAGCCUCACCGCUCUCGAUACUAAAACCGUCGUCGAAGUUAAAUCACUCGAGAAGGCAUUGGAAGAGGUUGAGAAAAAUCUUGUAGCGAUAAGAAUUAUGCUAUGUGGAGACGGUGAGGUUGAGCCGAAUGCCGAGCAAGUUUCACAGUUAGUGCUUGAAGUUUCUAAGGAGGAUGUUCUUGCUCUUAUGAUUCACAAACUUCCUAAUCUAGGAUGGGAAGCAAGAAAGGAUUUAGUGCAUUGCUGGUCCAUAUUGUUGAAGCAAAAUGUUGAUUCCAAGUAUUUCUCUGUGGAGUACAUAGAGAACCAUUUUGAAUUGUUAGACUUUCUUGUUGUCUGCUAUGACAACAAGGAAAUUGCCUUGAAUUGUGGUGUUAUGCUAAGGGAGUGCGUCAAAUUUCCAUCCCUUGCAAAGUAUAUAUUAGAGUCUGCAAGCUUUGAGUUGUUCUUCAAAUUUGUGGAAUUGCCAAAUUUUGAUGUUGCUUCUGAUGCUUUCUCUACUUUCAAGGAUUUACUUACUAAACAUGAGAAUGUGGUUGCUGAAUAUCUAACUGCUCACUAUGAUGAGUUCUUUGACAUGUAUGAGAAACUACUGAUAUCUCCCAAUUAUGUGACAAGAAGGCAAUCAUUGAAGCUUCUCUCGGAUUUUCUUUUGGAGCCUUCGAACUCCCAUAUAAUGAAGCGCUAUAUUUUAGAAGUUCAGUACUUAAAAGUAAUGAUGACGUUAUUGAAGGAUUCAAGCAAAAAUAUUCAGAUCUCGGCAUUUCACAUAUUCAAGGUUUUUGUUGCUAAUCCUAACAAGCCACGAGAAGUAAAAGUAAUUUUGGCAAAAAACAGCGCGAGGUUGGUGGAAUUGCUUAUUGAACUUUCUGUUGGAAAAGGUGCGGAGGAUGAGCAAUUUGAAGAGGAAAAAGAACUGAUCGUGAAGGAAAUUAGAAGACUAUCGCGGCAGCAAAGCCUGGACGGCUAGCUUCUUAAGUAGCUGGGUUGAUGCCAUUUCUAUAUGAUAAUUCUCCUGUGUAUGCUGUAGUGCUAGAGAUGUGUGCUUGUAUUCUUUUAUGCAUCAGAAGUCGCACAUUCGUAUUGUCUAAAUAAACAAAAAAAAAUUGUUUAAAUCGUCA